AUGUCUUCCAUCGCCGCAGAUUGGGCCGGCGUCCUCAUCAACUUCUGCAACCUCGCCGUCAACGUCCUUCGCCUCCUCCCCGGAGAGGAACCAGUCCGAAGAUGGUUCCGACAAAUCUUCGACCAGCCAACGACAGGAAGCGGAGAUGCCGAGAUGGGCCAGAGGGGCGAUUUUGAUGAGGUGCGUCGGUCCAGAUCCAGAGCAGAUGCACGCGUGCGUGCCCCCCCUGUCGUUACCGUCCCCCCCCCCCCCCCCCCCCCCGCUCCCACGGCUGUUCCCGCUCCCCCUGGGGUCAUUAUCCUCCCCAUCUUCAUCUUCGUUUCCGCUCCGCCUCCGCCUCCUCCCACAGUCCUUACCGAUCCCCGUUCCCGUCCCCGUUCCCGUUCCCGUUCCCCUCCUCCUCCGCCUCUUCCCACAGUCGUUACCGAUUCCCCUCCCCCUCCCCAUCCCCGUUCCCCUUCCCCCUCCCGUUCCCCUGACAUCUUCUCCUCCUUCCCCCCUACCCCAGCCGUGGUGAGCACAGCGAUUAGAUAG